CAUGCCUCGACGCUCCUUUGGCCAGGAAAUCAGUAGCACGUGCCGCCGGAUUAGUGCGAUCAGCCACCAGAUGGGUUUGGUACGAUCGAUACGAUCGAUGCGAUCGAUGUGGUCAGUGCGCAUCUCGUCCUCGUCAUUCCAAAGCCCCGCUUCGGCAACACGACUCCCGCUCAGAAUCUUCCCCACGUUUCCAGUCUAACGCCGCCGCGCACAAUGAGUCUGAAGAUUAGUGCCAAGUCUACUGAAGCACAGGCCAAAGCUAGACUUGACUCAACUGAGUGGAAGCGGUACCUGUCCAUCACAAAGCAAGAAGCUAAAACACUUGCUGCAGAACAUCGGGAAUGGAGCAGUUGGGUUCAAGUUCAUGCAGACGCCCAAGCGAACGUCCUAAGGCGUGUUAAUGAGCAGCUAGAGGCAGAGAAGAUACCCAAAAUACAUGUUGAUAUUCUUGAUUGGCGCAUGUCCCAAGUCGUACGGAGGGUUUCUUCACUAAAUACGCCGCAAAGGGAAAUAAGCAGCCUAGCCGAUCGACCCCACGAGCAGCCACCGGCGGAGCAGCCACCAGCUAAGCAGUUAUCAGCUUCAAAGAUGCCAUAUGAUCCCGUAAAAGACGACGCCAUGCACAAUGGAUGAAUGGCCCAUGCAGACUCCUAAAGGGGCUAGUGGUGGAUUAUUAGAAGUAAUAAGGGGGAGUGGCUGUCUAAAGAUUGUUUUUAAUGUCCUAAGUAUUUCAGAAACAACGCCAUGCCUCUCUAUCACCGUGACUUGUGCGCAGAUAAGCAUCAGAGACGGCAAGCGAUGAAGCGCGCUGAUGCUCAGGCCGAUCCUCGCGAAGUCAUGGCUGAUUCGACCGUCGUUCUUGGUCCCGGCCCUGAUUACAUAGCAUGUUGCAGCCGACGCGGCUGAGACGUCCUUCAGCUCGUUGCCUUACCACUUCACUCCUCACCGGUUGCCUUCUUUCAACUAGCUCAGGGCCCACAUCAGCC